AGAGCGAACAAAAAACAAAAAUAAAAUCCGAACCUUAUCAAUCUCUCUCCUCCUUCGAAUCCCAAGGAGGCCAGAGAGGCGAGAGAGGUAGAGAAGGGGGGGACUAGAGAGACGUUGCCGUUGCUGCUGUUAUUAUUAACGCCGCCGCCGCCCCGCUGCGUUCGUAUGCUCCGCGUCGCCCCCGGGCUCCUGCGUCCAUAGGCACCGCCCGCCGCGCCUUCGCGAGGAUCGGAGAGAGAGGGGAGGCCCACCGAUCCGUCUCCUCCUCCUCCUGCGGGUCGGCGUCGGGGAUGAAGGCAGCGGGGAAGGCGGCGGACGAGAAUCGGAGGCCCGUGGCGGGGAAGCCCGUGCCCGGCGUCCGAGAGAUGGGGAACCGGCGGGCGCUCACGGACAUCAAGAACCUCGUCGGGGCUGCCCCGUACCCCUGUGCCGUCGCCAAGAAGCCCAUGCUGCAGAAGAAUGGAAGGGAUGAGAAGAAGCCAGCGUUGGCAAGCAGCCGGCCCAUGACCAGGAAAUUCGCCGCCUCCUUGGCGAGCAAAGGAGAACCUGAACUUCAGGUGACCACUACUGAUCCAGGACUUGGAGAUGAUCACAACAAGGAACCAAUCGACGAUGGCACCGUCUACAUUGACGUGGAACAGUACGAGCCGGUCCCCGAUGUUGACAUUGAUAUGGAUGAGACAGAUCACAAGGACAGUGUGAACGAAGAUGAAUCUAUAAUGGACAUUGACAGUGCAGACUCGGGGAACCCGCUUGCAGCAACUGAAUACGUUGAAGAGCUUUACAAGUUUUACAGACAAAAUGAGGCAAAAAGUUGUGUAAAGCCUGAUUACAUGUCCAGCCAACAAGAUAUAAACGCAAAGAUGAGAGCGAUUCUGAUUGAUUGGCUCAUUGAGGUGCAUUACAAGUUCGAACUGAUGGAUGAGACACUGUUUCUCACAGUAAACAUAAUAGAUAGAUUUUUGGAAAAGCAAGUGGUUCCAAGGAAGAAGUUGCAGCUAGUGGGAGUAACAGCUAUGCUUCUUGCUUGCAAGUAUGAGGAGGUCUCAGUUCCAGUUGUUGAAGACCUAGUACUCAUUUCUGACAGAGCCUACACGAAAGGGCAGAUUCUAGAAAUGGAAAAGUUGAUUCUGAACACACUUCAGUUCAAUAUGUCUGUUCCAACACCAUAUGUCUUCAUGAGGAGGUUUCUGAAAGCAGCAGAUUCAGAUAAACAGCUAGAGCUAGUGUCCUUUUUCAUGCUGGAGCUCUGCUUGGUUGAAUACCAAAUGCUGAAGUACCAGCCUUCGCUUCUAGCUGCUGCUGCCGUUUAUACUGCGCAAUGUGCUAUCAAUCGCUGCCAGCACUGGACAAAGGUUUGCGAGUCACAUAGCAGAUACACUGGCGACCAACUCCUUGGAUGCUCGAGGAUGAUGGUAGACUUUCACCAGAAGGCUGGAACCGGCAAGCUCACCGGUGUACACAGGAAAUACAGUACGUUCAAGUUUGGGUGCGCAGCCAAGGUUGAGCCUGCGCUGUUCUUGCUGGAGUCAGGAGGCAUAUCGCCGCCAUCUUCAGGCAUAAUCUAGUUGAAUCUCUCUAUCCAACUGGAUCCAUUUUAACCUUUUCCCGGAACAAGAUGCAGAAACAUCGUGUUGAUGUUGCGCCAAAAGCCCAUCAAUUUCCUUAGAGAGCUUCUGCUUAUGAUAAUGCUUAUGAUAAUGUAAGGCAAAAUAGGCAUUUCGGUCCCCCAACUUUCUCCUGUGGAUCAAGUUCAUCCCUCAACUUUUAAAUUGAUCGAUAUAGUCCUCAACUAUCGUUUUGGGUCAAACUCGUCCUUGUGCUAAUAUUACACUCCAUAAUAACAUGAGUUAAAUGCAAAAAGUUCUUUUUA